AUGCUGCGCGGUCACGAGACCAAGGAGAUCAACGACCGGCCUCCGGAUUGGGCGCGACACGAGCGGAAACCGGACACGGUACGACGGAUCACUCUAACGCAGAAGCCUUUUCUGGAAGUUUACGAGGAACCGAAGCGGAAGCUACGGCAGCUGCGACAGCGGGAAAUCCAGAUGUUUUUCGUUCUCCUGUAUCGGAAGGACCAGUGGAGCGUGAUCGACCUCUACUUCCGCAUGCGGCGAUGGGCACAGAGGCUGCAGCAAGGGCAGCAACUUCAGAGAUGGUUUUCACGGCUGGGAGAUUACGUGCAGCGGAGCGUGGCUCAACAGAGCCGGCCUGGUCUGGAGACUACAGUGGUGCAGGAGACGGUUUGGUCGCCAGGAGGUUCAGCGAGAAGAGCUGGAGCGGGCAGCUCGGAGUCCCAGCCUUUGUUUGACAACACGCAGGCCAGGCGUUUGCGAGAAAUGACAUUGGCGGCGCCUCAGUUGUAUGGUGCUACAGCACCGAGAAAUGGGGGCUCGGACUCUACAUCGUCGUAUACCCGGGAGCAGAUGGAGCAAGAAGUACGACGACAAGUUGAACGGGCGAUGCAGGGACAACAGGGUUUGUCUGAUGAGAACCGGAGGCUUCGAGCAGAGCUAGAGGCUGUGAGGGCUCAGGCUAGAGAAGCUGAAGGAAAUGGUCGGCAGCAGCGAAUGUUGCAGCUACCUACGGCCGCGAGUGGAGGUGUGCGAGAAGGAGGCGGACCCGAAGGCAAUCCACCUGGACUUUCUGGACACAAUCGCGAGCUGGAGGGCUACAAGCUGAUCUGGGGUCGCAUAGGGUACCGCGAGGAAUUCCCUCUCAUCGAGGUGGAGGCGAUGAUGGGCGCGGACGCUUCGGAGGGUCAGGAGGGCAGGUUGAUGGCCACGAUCAUACACUACCUGGCGGCAAUCCUUUGGGACUACCGGGACGUGCUAGUGAUGUGGGAGGGCAGCCUGCUGAAGGAGGUCGAAGGGAUGAAGGUGGUUUAUCGUUUCGGCUGGGAUCGGGUGCUACAAGUCGUCCAGUCAAUAAUGAUGGUCAACCAGGUUCUCUACCACAGGGUCCCAGUGCUUCUCAGUUUGAUGCUGGUGUGGCUGGGGGUGUGGGAAGUGAAUGUCGAUCUCUUCGAGCGACCAGGAACCAUUGUGAUCACCAGGGCCCUGGCUGAUGAUGGCCAUGAUCGCGGCAAUGGUUGGACCCCGGAGGAGGAGGCCAAUCCGGAUCGGCAGUGCAGGGAUCCGAAGUGCCCUUCGGAGUGGGCGAUUAAGGAUGAGGCGACUGGAAAUGGGGCCGAGGAUCCGGUGGAGGACAACAUCCGUUUCGAUCCGAAGUGCCCUUCGGAGUGGGCGAAGGAUGCGAGUGGAAAUGGGGCCGAGGAUCCGGUGGAGGACACUGACAAUGGAAAGAGAAAUGAAUGGACGGAAGAAGAUGCAGGGUAUGGCAUUGGCGAAGCAGAGUGGCCAGAUGAUGAGAGGGUCGAGGGCGACAAGCCAAAGAGGGAAGACCAGCAGGAAAGCUGGGAGGAGGACAACGAGUCAGAGAAGAUCGAAGACCAUGAGGAAUGCUGGGAGGACGACAAGGAGCCAAAGAUCGAAGACCCCGAGGAGGAAUGCUGGGCUGAGGAGCCGGGUGAGCCAAAGAUCGAAGACCACCAGGACGAAUGGUGGGCAGAGGAGCAAGCUGACGAAUGGUGGGCAGAGGAGCAAGCUGAAGCUUUAUUGCGGAAUGGUGGGCAGAGGAGCAAGCUGAAGCUUUAUUGUUACUUGUGUUUCCCCGAGGACCCGGGCAGCGAGCCAAAGAUCGACGACCUCGAUUGCCGGAUCCAGAAGGGCAAUGAGCCACAGAUCGAAGACGCCCAGGAAUGCUGGGAUGUCGAGGGCAGCGGAUCCGUGAAGGAAGAGCCAUGCGAGGUGGCCGCAUGGUGGAACCAAGCUGAAGCUUUGUCGGGCUGGGACGAGGCCGUCGCUGAAAAGGAUGAUGCAACGGCAAAGGCCCUGCUGAAAGACAUUCAAGAUUUGGGAGAUGAUUUCCAGCGAAUGGGUGAGAUUGCGGAGCAGAGGGCAAAGGAUGGCCAGGCCCACAUUGCCUGGGUCGAAGAUGAGCUGCAGUAUUGGAACAAGCCAAAGGACACGUGGACGGAAGCCAAGACGCCGGUGAAGAGGAACGACACGGCUUACGGCACGGAGAAAAAGAGGUGCGACAAAAGUCUCAAGCAGCACGAAAAGGAGGAGCUCUGGAAAGACUCCGAAGAACGAUCGGAGGUCCUGAAGCUGUUCACCUGGCAAGAAGCCAAAAAGCGGCUUCCUCCCGACAGCCUAGCAUGCACUGACACCUUGCUCAGCCUGGGGCUAGCCACAUGUCCACCAGAAGCCAUGGUCAUGGAAACGAGGGCUAUGCGAUUCGUGCAGGCUUGUUGGGGUUGCCCUGUGAUACCGAAGCUGGACGUCUUCCUGGGUGCCGAUGAUGUUCCUCGGCCCACGGAGGAGAUGAUGGAUGACCUGGAGGAGCAAUCUUGGCUGGCUCCGGAGCUGGCGCGACAGGCGCAGCGGAGGAGCCCCAGCACCGGCUCAGGAUGGAGCACGAAGGGCCAGGAAAGGGGAGAAGGAAAAGAGAAAGGCCAGGAAAAGGGCAAAGGAAAAGACCAGGAAAGCACCGAGAAGGACCACAAGGGAAAGGGAAAAGCGAAAGGCCAGGAAAAAGGAAAGGAGAAGGGCCAGGAAAAGGGCGAAGGAAAAGGCCAGGAAAGUACCGAGAAGGGCCAGGAGAAGGGAAAAGGAAAGGUGAAAGGCCAGGACAAGGGCAAGGGGAAAGGCCAGGAAAGCACCGAGAAGGGCCAAGAAAAGGGGAAAGGACAGGAGAAAGGCCAGGAAAAGGGCAAAGGGAAAGCCCCGGAGAGCCCCGAGAAGGGCCAGGAGAAGGGAAAAGGAAAGGAAAAAGGCCAGGAAAAGGGCCAGGAAAAGGGCAAAGGGAAAGGCAAGGAAAGCACCGAGAAGGGUCAGGAGAAGGGAAAAGGAAAGGAAAAGGGCCAGGAAAAGGGCAAAGAGAAAGGCCAGGAAAGCACCGAGAAGGGCCAGGAAAAGGGAAAAGGAAAGGUGAAAGGCCAGGAAAACACCGAGAAGGGCCAAGAGAAGGGGAAAGGAAAGGAGAAAGGCCAAGACAAGGGCAAAGGGAAAGGCCAGGAGAGCACCGAGAAGGGCCAGGAGAAGGGAAAAGGAAAGGACAAGGGCCAGGAAAAGGGCAAAGGAAAAGGGCAGGAAAGCACCGAGAAGGGCCAGGAGAAGGGAAAAGGAAAGGAAAAGGGCCAGGAAAAGGGCAAAGAGAAAGGCCAGGAAAGCACCGAGAAGGGCCAGGAGAAGGGAAAAGGAAAAGAAAAGGGCCAGGAAAAGGGCAAAGAGAAAGGCCAGGAAAGCACCGAGAAGGGUCAGGAAAAGGGAAAAGGAAAGGUGAAAGGCCAGGAAAGCACCGAGAAGGGCCAAGAGAAGGGGAAAGGAAAGGAGAAAGGCCAAGACAAGGGCAAAGGGAAAACCCAGGAGAGCACCGAGAAGGGCCAGGAGAAGGGAAAAGGAAAGGAAAAGGGCCAGGAGAAGGGCAAAGGAAAACCCCAGGAGAGCCCCGAGAAGGGCCACGAGAAGGGAAAAGGAAAGGAAAAAGGCCAGGAAAAGGGCAAAGGGAAAGCCCAGGAGAGCACCGAGAAGGGCCAGGAGAAGGGAAAAAGACAGGAAAAAGGCCAGGAAAAGGGCAAAGGGAAAGCCCAGGAGAGCACCGAAAAGGGCCAGGAGAAGGGAAAAGGACAGGAAAAAGGCCAGGAAAAGGGCAAAGGGAAAGCCCAGGAGAGCACCGAGAAGGGCCAGGAGAAGGGAAAAGGACAGGUGAAAGGCCAGGAGAAGGGCAAAGGGAAAGGCCAGGAGAGCACCGAGAAGGGCCAGGAGAAGGGAAAAGGAGAGGAAAAAGGCCAGGAGAAGGGCAAAAGGAAAGCCCAGGAGAGCACCGAGAAGGGCCAGGAAAAGGGGAACGGAAAAGAGAAAGGCCAGGACAAGGGCAAGGGGAAAGGCCAGGAAAGCACCGAGAAGGGUGGUAAGUUUGGCUUGGUCACUAGACAGGGCAUGGAAGAUCUGUUCGGUUCCAGAGACAACAAUGAUCAGUGGUGGGGUCCCCAGGAAAGUGGCCCGUCAAGCUCCUCCUGGGAAGGUCGUGCUGUUGCACCGGAAAAGAGAACCUGGGAAGAUGCGAGCCAGUCGAAAGGCCUGCCAGAUCAGUGGGAGGAUCCCCAGUCAAAGAAGCCACGCCGCAGCUUCACGCGGCAGUCCUGGGCCAGUGAUGUUACGGAAGAGAGCCAGGACCAGGUUCGAAAGCUGACAGAGGAACAAAGGGCUCAGAUUGAAGCUCUGGAGAAACCCGAGGACAUCGACCUGGCCGAACGGAAACGCCUCAACGAGGGCCUUCGCCGGCGAAUGAACAAUGCCAGAGGCCAGCCUGUGAGACUACGCAAGGGUCUGGUUGAACAAUGGCAGGCGGCAGUGUCGCCAACUGAGAAGUUUCAAUUCUUGAAGGCAUAUCUUCUCGACCGGGACAUGCCCUCCAUCGAGAUUCAGCCGUACUUCGAGGUCUAUAAGUGCACGGACCACCUGAGAAUCCCGGCUGCAGUUCCUUUGCAUAUCUCGGUCCAGCCUUCGCAGAACCGACAGGAGCGGCAAGCCCUCGCAGACACGCUAGAGAAGAAGAUCGCCGGGAUGAAGACUGGCACGGCCGAGUCAAAGAAAGCAGGGAACAAAGCGAAGUCGAAGAAGGAACUGACAGCCGACGAGAAACUGAAGAAGGAUUUCCAAAAGGAUCACCUGGGGAUUCGUAAUAUGGCCGACAAAGCUGUGCACAUCGCAUCGGAGAUCAGCUCCUGUGGGCUUCUCCACCAAGAGAAAAUGGUGGAAAGCUUGGGGAAAGUCAACACGACGUGCACCAAGAUCUACAAUGAGAUUCAGCAGAUGGUGUUCUCGUGCAAGCCGGUGAACGAAUGCUAUGAAAUACUCGAUGGAUACAAAGUGGAGCUGGAGGAAUGCCAGAAGAAGAUCACCAACGGCGAGGACAUUGUGGAUUCGCACAAGAGACGCCUGGCUACGGAAAAGAGAAAAAGGGAAAAAGAAGAGAAGAAAGAAAAGCAAAAGCAUGAUGAUGACGACAGGGAUGAUGGAUAUGAUGCAGAUGAAAAAGAUGCCGCCGAAGCCGCCGCAGAGGAAGAAUGGCCGGAGGAGGAUCCUGAACCGCCUGCAAAACGCAGGUAA